CGCCCGGAGCGCACGCGCGCUCCGCUCGCCGCCCCUCCCUCCGCGCGGGGACCCCUGGCGGGCGGCAGGAGGACAUGGCCAGCGACGCCGUGCAGAGCGAGCCCCGUAGCUGGUCCCUGCUGGAGCAGCUGGGCCUGGCGGGGGCGGACCUGGCGGCGCCCGGCGUGCAGCAGCAGCUGGAGCUGGAGCGCGAGCGGCUGCGGCGGGAGAUCCGCAAGGAGCUGAAGCUAAAGGAGGGAGCCGAGAACCUGCGGCGGGCCACCACCGACCUGGGCCGCAGCCUGGGCCCCGUGGAGCUCCUGCUGCGGGGCUCUGCCCGCCGCCUGGACCUGCUGCACCAGCAGCUGCAGGAGCUGCAUGCGCACGUGGUGCUGCCGGACCCUGCGGCCCGAGAUGCCCCUGAGUCCCCGGGCGCGGGGGGCCCCGCCUGCUCGGCCACCACCAACCUGAGCCGCGUGGCGGUGCUGGAGAAGCAGCUGGCCAUCGAGCUGAAAGUGAAGCAGGGGGCGGAAAACAUGAUCCAAACCUACAGCAACGGCAGUAGCAAGGAUCGGAAGCUGCUGCUGACCGCCCAGCAGGUGCUACAAGAUAGCAAGACCAAGAUUGACAUCAUUCGCAUGCAGCUCCAUCGAGCCCUGCAGGCGGACCAGCUGGGGAGCCAGGUGGCCGCGGACGAGGCCCACGGGGGUCCGGACCUGGGGGCCGCGGAGCUGCGCAUCGAGGAACUGCGCCACCACUUCCGCGUGGAGCACGCGGUGGCCGAGGGCGCCAAGAACGUGCUGCGCCUGCUCAGUGCGGCCAAGACGCCUGACCGCAAGGCUGUCAGCGAGGCCCAGGAAAAGCUGACAGAGUCCAAUCAGAAGCUGGGGCUGCUGCGGGAGGCCCUGGAGCGGAGGCUGGCAGAGCUGCCCGCUGACCACCCCAAGGGGCGGCUGGUGCGGGAGGAGCUUGCCGCGGCCUCGUCCGCCGCCUUCAGCGCGCUCCUGGCCGGACCCUUCCCCGCCACGCACUACAGUACCCUGUGCAAGCCCGCGCCGCUCACAGGGACCCUAGAGGUACGAGUGGUGGGCUGCAGGGACCUCCCAGAAACCAUCCCCUGGAACCCGCCGCCCUCGACCGGAGGACCCGGGACCCCCGACAGCCGCCCUCCGUUCCUGAGCCGCCCGGCCCGGGGCCUGUACAGCCGAAGCGGGAGCCUCAGUGGCCGGAGCAGCCUCAGAUCAGAAGCUGAGAGCAGCAGUGACGUCAGCGCCGUUCUCAAACUGGACAACAUGGUGGUCGGUCGGACGUCCUGGAAGCCGUGCGGCCCCAGCGCCUGGGACCAGAGCUUCACGCUGGAGCUGGAGCGGGCUCGUGAGCUGGAGCUGGCCGUGUUCUGGCGGGACCAGCGGGGCCUGUGCGCCCUGAAGUUCCUGAAGUUGGAGGACUUCCUGGACAACGAGAGACACGAGGUGCAGCUGGACAUGGAGCCCCAGGGCUGCCUGCUGGCCGAGGUCACGUUCCGCAACCCGGUCAUUGAGCGGAUCCCUCGGCUCCGAAGGCAGAAGAAGAUCUUCUCCAAGCAGCAAGGAAAGGCAUUCCAGCGUGCCAGGCAGCUGAACAUUGACGUGGCCACGUGGGUGCGGCUCCUGCGCAGGCUCAUCCCCAAUGCCGCCUCAGCCACCGGCACCUUCAGCCCCGGGGCUCCCCCGGGAUCCGAGGCCCGGCCUGCAGGCGACGUGUCCCUGGAGAAGCUCAACCUGAGCGCGGAUGUGGACGGCUCCCCCCAGAAGAGCCCGCCAGGGCCUCCUUCCAGCCCGAGUGGCCUGAGUUCCCCCACCCAGGAAGCCUCGAGCACUCCCGAGCUGCCUCUGGAGACCCAGGAGACCCCAGGCCCCGCCCUGUGCAGCCCCCUGAGGAAGGCGCCCCUGAGCCUUGAGGACUUCAAGUUCCUGGCGGUGCUGGGCCGCGGUCACUUUGGAAAGGUGCUGCUGUCCGAAUUCCGGUCCAGUGGGGAGCUGUUCGCCAUCAAAGCCUUGAAGAAAGGGGACAUCGUGGCCCGGGAUGAGGUGGAGAGCCUCAUGUGCGAGAAGCGGAUCCUGGCGGCCGUGACCAGCGCCGGCCACCCCUUCCUGGUCAACCUGUUCGGCUGCUUCCAGACGCCCGAGCACGUGUGCUUCGUGCUGGAGUACUCCCCGGGUGGGGACCUGAUGCUGCACAUCCACAGUGACGUGUUCUCCGAGCCGCGUGCUGUCUUCUACUCGGCCUGCGUCGUGCUUGGCCUGCAGUUCCUGCACGAACACAAGAUCGUCUACAGGGACCUGAAGUUGGACAAUUUGCUCCUGGACACCGAGGGCUACGUCAAGAUCGCAGACUUCGGGCUCUGCAAGGAGGGAAUGGGCUAUGGGGACCGGACCAGCACUUUCUGUGGGACCCCCGAGUUCCUGGCGCCGGAAGUGCUGACGGACACGUCAUACACGCGGGCUGUGGACUGGUGGGGGCUAGGGGUGCUGCUCUACGAGAUGCUGGUUGGCGAGUCCCCGUUCCCAGGGGACGACGAAGAAGAGGUGUUCGACAGCAUCGUCAAUGACGAAGUCCGCUAUCCCCGCUUCCUGUCGGCCGAAGCCAUCGGCAUCAUGCGGAGGCUGUUGCGGAGGAACCCGGAGCGCCGGCUGGGGUCCAGUGAGCGCGAUGCGGAGGAUGUCAAAAAGCAGCCGUUUUUCAGGACGCUGGGCUGGGACGCCCUGCUGGCCCGGCGCCUGCCGCCACCCUUCGUGCCCACGCUGGCCGGCCGCACUGACGUCAGCAACUUCGACGAGGAGUUCACGGGCGAGGCCCCCACGCUGAGCCCACCCCGCGACGCGCGGCCCCUCACCGCUGCCGAGCAGGCGGCCUUCCGGGACUUCGACUUUGUGGCUGGGGGCUGCUAGCCCCCCCCCUCCUGCCCGACCUCUGACCCAGGGAUCCUAGUUUUUAAAAAGACCCUUGGGGUUCACCCCACCCACGCA